AUGAGCAAUCCAUCCCAGCUUUUCCUUCUGGCAGAUCACAUAAAGCUCUCUCUCCUCGAACGUCAAAGGGCGAUUUCCCUUGAGCUCGAGCCUAAUUCACAAGAUGGGGAGAUAUCUCGCUCGCUGGAAUCGUUGCGAGAGGGUCUAGAAUCGGUUGAGAAGGAAGCUAUGAGGCUGAUAUCAAUCGGAGACUCAUCUUCUGCCGAUUUCAAGGAACAAACUAAUGCGUUAAGAGCUCAAUAUGAAGACCUCUCGGCCCAGUUCCACGAGAAUGACGAGAACAACCCGUCAGCGCUCCCUUCAUCGUCAGUUCAGCCAAACAACGCCGAGCUAGCCGAAGACUUCAUCCGUGCAAGCAGCACCCCUUCGAUCCUCAAACACCCCACACCUCAACACCCAGUCUCCAAAUCCGUCCGUUUCACCGACUCGUUAACCGCCAGUGCCGAAGAAAAUGACCCCAACCGGGAUGCCUUACUCAGACCAUACUCUGACUCGCCACAGCCUGGCUUUAACCAUUCAGACGCGUCAAACCAGGAAAUCCACGAUUACCACAGCCAGGUUAUGCAGGAACAAGAUGAUCACUUGGACCGGCUGGGGCCGAUUGGAUGGGGCACGGAGAAGCCUAGGACGAUUUAG